CUCGUCGACUUGAGAGGCUGCUCCGAGUACAACUUCAUAAGUAGGUUAGUGGUGCGCUUCUCAGACACAGUCCUUUCAUUAACAACAGGUUGCUGGUUCCUCUACGAAUAUCAACCCACAAGCACAAUGCAUGAGCGACAGAGAGAAGAGAAGGAGCUGGAGAGGCUCUGAGCCUGGGCCCAGUGGAGAGUAGUGAAGAAUACAAUAGACGUCCCUAACAUUGGCUAGUACAACCGUAGCUGGAAGCCUCUUCUCCGUUUCCUCCAUGCAGCACAUUGUGUGCUUACUUACCACACAUGUACGUGAAUGCGAGGGAGCGUGAGUGCGUUGAUGACCUCUGGACUAGCAGCUCCCGCCACACCCAAGCAUAGUGCCCCACACGAAAGUAAAGUCAGUCAAGCCAUGUUGGAAACGACUCUUGUGACUACAACUGUCAAAUUCGGAUCUCAGCCUCCACUCAACAUAAUUAAGCAAGAAGUAGUGAGUCCGCCGCCCAGCUCGUCAGUUAACUCAAUGACACACGGGCAUCUCUCUCCAACUCCCAUUGGGAACUUACUCCAUUGGGAUUGUGACCAGUAUCCCGACUCUGCCUCCAAAUUCAGCCCAAUCAAGCUGGAGCCCUCAGAUCCCUUGGACAGUAUGGGACUGAACCAAAAUGCCAGCUCGGAUUUUGCGGAAUUGAAGCCAAUGCCAUUUGAUUAUGGUAACACUACAUUGACAGGCCUGGAUCCAGUAUUAGCCAAUAGCAGCAAUAAUAAUAACAACAACAACAAUAACUCAAAGACCAUGGUGAACAUGAAUAGUAGUAAUGGUUCGACCAACCACAACAAUGCCACCAGCAACAACACCAACAACCACCCCACCGCAACAUCAGAAUCUAUCAAUUCUCUUCACAACCACAACACGGGUAGCAGUACGACAUUAGCCGGCACAAUUAUUCGAUCCACCCCGACAUCGUCAUCCUCGUCGUCACUUCACUAUCCCACCUCCUCGUCUGCCGACGUCACCUCCACUGCCACGUCAAGCCCACCGGGUAUCACCAAACUCGAGACCUUGGACUUCACCGCCAGUCAGGAUGCCUUUGAUGACUUGGCAUCCAUAGUGGGUAUUUCCAUGGGUGCCGACUCCACGGUGCCCAACAUGGAGAGCGACCUCGAUCUUGAUGCUUGGAUUGAAAGCACCGCCCAGAAUAUCCGUCCCUUGGUCCCUGACGGAGGCCUCGAUUCCAUACUGCCCAUGUCACGACACGGUGGUGUCUCCAACCACAACACCUUGACAGUGUCAUCACAAUCUUUCUUGCAAAUGAGCCAAAGUUCCCCUUCUUCCACGCUUCAAAGCCUCCUUCAAGGCAAUUUAACCCCCCACCCACCUUUAGGAUCUACGAAAGUAACGCAGCUUCAACACAGGGAAGAUCACAACUCUGGGAAUGCCCCACCUCCUUACUCGAUUUUACAGACACGCCUUCAACAUGGGUCGUUGUCUGUGCCUAUGCAAAACCACAAUACUCACAACAACAUAGUGAAAGUGGACUCUACAUUUGACCUGAUGAAACUGACAGACAAUGGAGGGGGCGGCAACGGAGGUCAUCCCUACUUAACUUCGAACUUUUCCGAUUCUUUACCACAUUCCACUCAGACCCUUCUUAACCAUGUUUCGACCUCUGCCGACCAAAGUUUACACCGGAGACUGGGCGAACUGAGUGGGUUGGCCAAAAUCAAGGCCAAGCAGAACAAGAUACGUCAGAAGCUCGGCCUAAACAGUGUGAGUGGAGGAGUGGCCUCUGGAUCUGCCAAUGGAGUAGGCUCCCCAAAUGGGGACCAAUCCAAAAAGAUGAUGCAUCAUUGUCAAAUCUGCAAUAGAGGGUUCUUGAAUAAGUCAAAUAUCAAAGUGCAUUUAAGGACCCACACGGGCGAGAAGCCGUUCAAGUGCGAGCAUUGCUCCAAAGCCUUCCGGCAAAAGGCCCACUUACUCAAGCAUAUGUCGAUACACAAGCGUAUUUCCCGGGACUGAUGAUACACUAAUGAUGACAUUUAAAGAACCGUUGUUGCCUCUCCACCCGCCACUGUGUGGCACUCAAGGGUGCAGGUAGGCCUGGGAUGAUGUGUUUUCCCUUUCAAAGAUCACGUCUUUGCGAAAAAAGAAACUCCACUUUUGCCUUGACGCACCAUGACGACAAGGGUUGAGAAGGAGGCAGUGCUAGUUAACGAUGUGAAACAACUCCAAAGAAGGAGAAAGUGUUCUACUUCGUUUGUCGAGCGAAUCUUUUUUCCUCGCUACUCCUACAGCUUCAGAAUUCUCCGCUACGUUAGAGAAACUCUGCUAACGUAACAACAGUCGAAGAACAAGAUGACGGUCCUCGCCUGGUCCGCUCUUUCAUGGCUGUUCCAUCUAAAAGACUCGCUUUUCAACUGGCGACCCAUAUACGGGCCAUGCGCGUGUGUGUGUGUCUGUCUGCCCUGUCUGCUGCGGAUAGUGACGGGGAGCAGCAGGAGGAAUGAAGACCUGUGCUUCCUCAGUCCUCGCCCAACGAUUCAUCGACCAUUCUUGGCUGAGCAAGAAGUAUCUAUCAUGCCGUUGGUGUUCAUGACUCUUGACUUGUCUGGUGAUAAUGAUCGAAUUGGUUUUUAGGUCUCUUUGACAAUUUAUACACACAAAUACGCACUCACUUGUUAGCUGCCUUCCCUCCAUUCUAUAAAACCCUUCACUUUGUCCUGUCGAUAUUAUUGUUAAGAAGUGCCUUUUAUGUAUCAAUGUUAGAAUCUAUUCGCAAAUAAAACGUACAA